AUGGGACGAUUGAUUAUAUGUGUAGUGCUCCUGACUUCCCAACUUCAGAUCCAGGCACAAACUGCUCUAAGCUAUGACCAAGCACGGCAAGCUGUUCUCACGGCGGAGGAGGAGCUGAUGACUGGUGGACACACGUACCUGAACACGCAGGAGGCCAAGGUGGACGAUAUAUUCAUGGAGUACAAGCUCGGAGAGCUGGCCCAAGGAUAUCGGAAUGCGGAUCAGAAUGCGGCAGCUCUGCAUUUUUUCAAGGCAAAGCCGCUGAUUGAUCGGAGUGCGAUAUUCCGGUUUCUUCAGAAGAUGCCCAAGGGCGCGGUGCUUCACCUGCACAACACCGCAUCCGUGAGCUCCAAGUGGGUGGUGGACGACUUGUCGUACAUGCCCGGUCUGCUGCGCUGCACGACGGCUACAGGGCGAAGUGUCCUGACAUUCCGCAGGACCCCAAAGGAGCACAGAUGCCAGUCGCAAUACGUGCUUGUUUCCGAUGAGCGGCGUAACUCGUUGGAUCGCAAGAUCUACGAUCGGAAUUUCGAACGCCUGAUCAAUUUGUACACCCCAGUUCCAGAGCUGGAGUACCCCACAAUUACCCAUGUUUGGGAUCGGUUCCAGGACAUGUUCGACACUCUGAACGAUGCCCUAACCUAUUUGCCUGCCUUUCGCGCUUAUCACUGGCAGAUGCUGGAGGAGCUUUACAAUGACAAUGUGAUGUACGCAGAGAUUCGGACUAGUUGCAAAAUGAUCUAUGACGCCAGUGGACGCACUUUUCCCAGAGAGCGUACUAUACGCGAGCUCUAUGCCAUUAACGAGAAGUUUGUGAAGCUGCAUCCGGAUUUUCUGGGCUUCAAAAUCAUUAUGGCCGUCUAUCGUGGCUUUAAAGUGGAUCGGCUUAACAAUCUCCUUGAGGAAUUUAAGGCCUUGCACCAAGCAUGGCCCGACUUUCUGGUUGGAUUCGAUUUGGUGGGUCAAGAGGACAAGGGAAAACCACUUUAUUCCUUACUGCCUGUCCUAAGAGAUCUUCCGCCAACAUCUCGGCUUUUUCUACAUGGCGGAGAGACCAAUUGGUUUGGUGCCUCAACGGACAUCAAUCUGCUGGAUGCUCUGUUGCUGAACACCACUCGCAUUGGCCAUGGUUAUGCUCUGGCCAAGCAUCCCAUCCUUAUGAAUGCCGUGAAGUCGCGCCGGAUUGCCGUGGAGCUUAAUCCCAUUUCGAAUCAGGUUCUCCAUCUGGUUUGGGACAUGCGCAACCAUCCGGGUGCCCAGUAUCUGGCCCUCGAUGUGCCCGUGGUGAUAUGCAACGAUGAUCCUGGGUUCUGGAAUGCCAAGGGCCUGAGCUACGACUUCUAUUAUGCCAUCAUGAGCCUGGCGCCCAACAAUGCGGGGCUAAAGGUCCUGAAGGCUCUGGUGUGGAAUUCGGUGCGCUACUCCACGCUGACGGAGGAGGAACAGACGAAAGCUUUCAAAAUACUGGAACUCAGCUGGUCGCGAUUCACAGACAAUGUGCUGAAUGGCAGAGUAUUUUAAAUUAACUUAUUACGGAAAAUAAACAGCCAAAGAGUUUAUAAUUCAUUAGUAAAG